ACCAAAAAAUAAUGAAAACGAAUAUGGUUCUGUUCGCAUCCCAUUAGGCUCCAUAUAAACGUAAAAAGCACAUGUAUGUAAGUUGCUGUUAGUCUUUAACAUCACAAUUCUGUUGCUUCCACAUUCUUUCACCUUGUAUCUGACUUACCAAACCAAAGAUGGCUGAGACUGUCCUUAAUGUUGUUGCUGAGGAAAUACUAGGCAAGCUGAUUUCACUUGCUACUGAGCAAAUCGGCCUUGCUUGGGUUUUUGAGGAGGAGCUGACACAACUUCGUGAGUCAGUAGAGAUGAUUCAAGAUGUGUUAGCUGAUGCAGAGAGAAAGCAAGUGAGUGACCGGUUCGUGAUGCGUUGGUUGCAGAGGCUCAAAGAUGUUGCUUAUGAUGCUGAUGAUGUGCUGGAUGAGCUUGCUUAUGAGAUUCUCCGCCGAAAGGUAGAGAUCCGAAACCAAAUGAAGAGAAAGGUAUGCUUCUUCUUUUCACUUUCAAACCCCAUUGCAUUCCGUAUCAAGAUGGCCAACAAAAUUAAGACUAUUCAUGAAUCGCUAAAAAGGAUUAAUGAUGAAGCAAAUGGAUUUGGACUUAUUAGAGCAGGAUCGGUAUAUGGUAAUCCUGAGACUAUACCAAACCGAGAGACAGAUUCAUUUCUUGACCCUUCAGAAGUUGUAGGAAGGGAAGAUAGUGUUUCAGAAAUAGUGAAGUUAGUGACUAGUACAACUGGUCAACAACUCUCAGUCAUUCCCAUAGUAGGAAUGGCAGGUUUGGGAAAAACAACUUUAGCAAAACUAGUGUACAAUCAUGAGCUAGUAAAGAAUUAUUUUGAUAAGAAAAUAUGGGUAUGUGUCUCUGAUGAUUUUGAUGAUAAAAGGAUUUUAAGAGGGAUUCUUGAAUCCCUUGCUGGUAACCCAAGUCAAUUAGAAAGUAAGAAUGCAAUACUUCAAAACCUUCAAAAAGAGUUGCAAGGAAAAAGAUAUCUUCUCGUUCUUGAUGAUGUUUGGAAUGAAGAUUUAUUGAAAUGGGAUGCAUUAAGGGGUUGUUUGUUGGGAAUUAAUUCAAAUUUUGGAAACAAUGUUAUUGUAACAACCCGUAGUCACAAGGUGGCAGAAAUCAUGGAAACAUUUUCUCGGCAUCAGUUAGAAAAACUAGAUGAUGAUGAAUGUUGGUCCAUAAUCAAGAAAAGGGUAUCUGCAGUUCCAUUAACUCCAGAUUUAGAGGCUAUUGGAAGAGAUAUUGCUAAAAAAUGUGGAGGGGUUCCAUUAGUAGCAAAAGUUUUAGGAGGGACAAUGUCACUAAAAAGGGUGAAAAGUCAAUGGUUGACAAUUCAAAAUAGUGAAGUUUGGAGUAGCCUACAUGAUAGUAAUGACAUGUUACCAAUAUUAAAAUUAAGCUUUGAUUGUCUUUCAUCACCAUCUUUAAAACAAUGUUUUGCAUAUUGUUCAAUUUUUCCUAAAGAUUAUGUUAUGGACAAGGAAGAAUUAAUUCAACAUUGGAUGGCUGAAGGGUUCCUUCAACCAUCUCAAGGAAGUGAUUUGGUGAUGGAGGAUAUUGGUUUUAUGUAUUUUGAUAUCUUGUUAGCAAAUUCCUUAUUGCAAGAUGCAGAAAAAGAUGAAUAUGAUAAUAUUGUGAGUUGUAAGAUGCAUGAUUUGGUACAUGACCUUGCCCUCUUAGUUUCAAAAUUUGAAACCUUGAUUGUGGAUGGAGAUUUGGAGGUUGAUAUUAGUCAUGUCAGACGUUUAUCUAUCCAAUCUGAAGGAGAAAUAGUACCUAGAAUUUCUUUUUCAAAAGUCCAUGUUAGGAGAUUGCGCACGCUUGUUUCAAAUACUGAUGUGUUUGGCAACACAUUAUCAAAUUUUAAAUGCUUACGUGUUCUAAGAUUGUCAGGGUUUAGCAUAAAAGAGUUAUCAGAAUCAAUUGGUCGAUUAAUACACUUGAGGUUUCUCCACAUCUCAUGUCCUAACAUCAAAGUAUUACCAAAGUCCAUCACCAAGCUCUACAAUUUGCAAACCUUGAAUGUUCACAAUUGCUAUGGUCUCAGAGAGCUUCCAAAAGAUCUAAAAAAUUUGGUUAACUUGAGAUCUAUUGUUGUCAAUUAUAAUGUUGACAUGUGGAGUUUACUGAAAGAUAUAGGGCAGUGGAAAUGUCUACAAAUGUUUCCAUUAUUCUUUGUGAAACAAGAUGCAGGUCAUCAAAUCGAAGAAUUGGGGCAGUUGAAUCAACUUCGUGGAGUAUUAACCAUCAAUGAUCUGGAGAAUGUGAGAGAUAAAGAUGAAGCUAGAAGGGCAAAUUUAGCUGAAAAGGCCAAAAUAGACAUGUUAGGUUUUCGCUGGGGUUAUAGUAGAAAUAAAAGAGAAGUCAAUUACAAUAAUGAUGAAGACGUGUUAGAAGGCCUCCAGCCUCAUCAAAAUUUGAAAUCCUUAGAAAUUGAAGGCUUUGAAGGAAAGAAAUUUCCAUCAUGGAUGUUGAGAAGUUGUGAUGCUAAGGAUGCCUUGUCCCUUUUAGACAAUUUGAUUAAGAUAAAUUUAAGCGGUUGCACAGAAUGUGAAGAAGUUCCCACCCUCGGAUGUCUACCCUGCCUUAAGUUUCUUGUUAUAGAGGGAAUGGAUAAAGUGACCUGCAUAGGAGUUAAGUUUUACACUAUGUACAGUGAUGACAGUCACAGAAAUGAAUUGUUUCCGGCAUUAAGAAAACUCUACUUGAAGAACAUGAACUGCCUAGUGGAGUGGCAGGAUGCUAUGGAAGUGACAGCAGCACGUGUUGUAUUUCCUUGCCUUGAGGAGUUGACCAUUGAAGACUGUCCUCAACUGAGGAGUGCUCCACGUCAUUUUCUAUCUCUUAAUAAAUUAGAGAUUCGUGGAGUUUGCGGCACCAUAUUUGAAAAUGUUAGCAGUAAGCUUACAAAACUCACGUCCCUCGAUGUUUCUUCAGUGUCAGAACUUGCUUUUCUGCCCAUGCAGAUUUUCUGUGCCUCUCUACGCUCACUUAAGAUAGAAAAAUGUGGGGAACUGAGUCAUAUACCGGACGCAUUGCACACCCUCAUUUCCCUCGAGACGUUGGAGGUAAAGGGUUGUCCUAAGUUGAUGUCUUUUCCAAGUAUACAAGGUGUUGCAUCCCUUCUUCGACACUUGGCAAUAUCAUGUGGUGAUGAAGUUCUCCCAACUGGGUUGCAAUCCUGUACGUCUCUUCAAGAUUUGAGGAUAAGCGAUUGUCCUAAUCUGAUAUUAAUUCCAAAUCUACGAGAAUUACAGUCUCUUACCCAGUUAGAAAUUUGGCGAUGUCCCAAUUUGAAAUCAAUUGCAGAUCUAGAAGAAUUGCGCUCUCUUAACAAAUUAGCAAUUUGCAAAUGCCAAAAGUUGACAGGUCUACCCCAGGGAUUAAGGGAUUGUUUGAAGGGUUUGUCGAUCGGUGGGUUUUGUGAGGAGCUGGAUGUGUUCCCCAGUCUUAGUUCCAUCCAACACUUGCAUUCAUCCCUUGAAAGACUAUACUUACAUGGUUGGGCUAAAAUCAACACUCUCCCGGAUGAAAUUCAACACUUCACUGCCCUUAAACAUCUGUACAUAGGAGAAUUUGAUGAAAUAGAAGCGUUGCCUGAGUGGUUGGGCAACCUUUCUUCUCUUCGAAGGUUGGAUAUUAAAGGUUGCAAAAACUUGUUGCAUCUUCCAACAGUGCAAGCAAUGCAAAACAUAAUCAUGUUAUUGAUUAAUGAUUGCCCUAAAUUAGAGGAAAGAUGUACAAAGGGGAGCGGUGCAGAGUGGUCGAAGGUUUCCCACAUUCCUCGUCUUUGGAUCGAUGAUGGUUUUUUAGAACGCGAAGAAGAAGAACGAGAAAAAUAUAAUGGAUCUCUCUCUUACCUAAUUGAACAAGAUAUUGAAAACCUUACCAUUCAAAAAGAAAAGGCCCGACAUGACCCAUAUUCCAAAUAUAAAAAAAUUAUCCGGUUAUUUCGUGGCUGUUAAGCAAGAUGGAAAGGAACUGAAAUGCAUUAAUGUACAAAAAAUUUCAGGUCCAGUGGGAGCAUCACUUUGUAACCUGAUCCAUCUUGAACCCCUUCAUCACGCUUGAUAUCUUACCAACAACACGGAUAAUAUCUAAUUUUAAAAAUCAAGAUCUAUAGAACAAGCAUGGGCUAAUUCAGGAAGAUGGGUGAUCAUGCUAGUGAAAAUUCUGUGAUAUAAGAUUUUGCUAAUUUCUGGAGCAAAUUCAGGAAGAUGUGCAAUCCAUUUCAAUAGAGAUGCUCUCUGGUGUUUGAUAAAGUAUUUGAAUUUACUACCAUCUGAUGCUCACUUGACGAAAUAAGCCGAAUAUUUCCUACUGUUUGCUGACAGAGUGGUCAAAUAUGGACAUAUACCAUUCCAAGAAUCUUGUUAUGCCCGGGUGUUAAUUUGAUUCUUAUCUGGAUGAAGUUCAUUAAAAUUUGUUCAAAUUUUGUGGCAAAUAUUGAUGGCACUUGGGACUUGAGUACCCUGCACAUGUUAUGAUUAUCAUUGAUGUUGGAUUCUUGAAGGUUUUAUUCAUUUAUCUUUUUCUAUGCUUUUCAUUUUGAUUUUUUCUUAUUCAUUUUCUAUGUAUUGGAAUAAAAUUAUGCUCCUUGGAGAUUUUCUCUUUCACGCUUCGAGACUAUAGAUGAACCCAAUGACAGAUAUCUGCCAAAAUUUAUGGCACUGAUAUUAAACUGUAACAAAUCUUUUAUAUCGACCUUUGGUUUAUGUGCUGCUAUUGUCUAUUUCAUUAGACGGUGAAUCCCAAGCUUCACUAUUGUAGUAUAAUGCCUUGUACGUUGGGACUAAAGAUUCAUUUCUGUUGGACAAGGCUAAAUGUUUAGGGGUUUUAUGCACCACCUCAAGUCUGCCUCAUCUGCUUCAACACACAGCACCAUAAUAUUUAAAACCACAGAAUUAAUGGACUUUUUAUUUCUUCUAUAGUUGGGGGGGAGCCUUUCAUUUCUACCUCAUCUGUCUGUUAACAGUUGUAAGAAGCUGGAAUACCUACCAGCAUUGGAUGUGGUGCAGUGCCCCAUUAAAUUACGGAUGCCAAUUAUUUAUCAACAGGCUCUCAAUCUGUCUCGUUCCCUUCAAACAGCUGAAAAUGGUUUAAGCAAAACAAUGAAAUUCUUUCAUUUGACUUGUCUGUAAAUUACCUGUCUAUAUCCCCAAGAAAGAAGAGCAACUUUAGAUUCAAAUCAAAGAGAGCCUCUUUGCAUUUUCUGUCUGAUAUCAAGUUCACACAAUUUUGGCAACAUCUGAACUUUACUGCACUCUAAGCUUUACCUUAGCAAAAAGGCUGAUUGGUUUGGAUGCAUGCACAUGUUGGGAGAAUAGUUCUUAAUAGUAAGCAAAUAAGUUUGAAUGGCCACUCUGCUGAGAGAUUUUGAUGACCUCCAUAAUCAAUUAGAAGAGGGCAAGAUGCAUGGCAUACUUCAACAGUGUGGCAGGACGGCAUAUUCUUGUUUCAAUUGGCUUGUUACAAUUACAAGGAACUUGCCACUUUAAAAGAUUUUGGUAAGGUCUGUUUCUUGUGAAUGAGUUGGUUAGAUUCCUUGACAUUGAUUGUGGAAGAUGCAAACCAAAAUUGUCUACACAGGUUCCACUUAGUCUCGGUUUUUGGCACAUUAACAAAUAUAGCGAAUUCAACCAUGUCCUGCUAUGAAAGAACUGAAAUGUACUAUUGUGUAAACAAGUUCAGGUCACCUGGAACCAUGUGAUAUACAUAUCCAGAAAUGUUGAUGAGUAUACUAUACUUGGUAUCACUACAGACAAUCAUCAAGAUUCCUGAUGAUUCUUCUGCUUUUCAAAUCUCAUAUUGUCAUGGUUUCUCAAAUCCUCUUCAGCAGUAAGCCAGUAACUUCAAUGGUCUUGAAGUUGACAGAUUUGCUAGAAUCUCAAGUAUAUAUACUUCACUCGCUAAUGAGAGUAGUUGAUAGAUUUGGAUACACUUUAGUGCCAUUCUGUUCUUCAAUUCAUUGGGCUGGCAUCUUGGAAAACAUCAGAAGCUAAUGGAAAUUACAUCUGAAUGUGAAGUGUAAUGGUCAGUAGAGAAAUCAUUGCUGCGUGUAUAUAAGACUCCAAUCUGGAAAAUAGGUGAACUCAUCAGCAGCGGCUAUAGAAUGCGUUCUCUAAGACCUGACUUAGAUACUAAAGGCACCUGCUGGAGCUAACAGAAAAGAUCUGCUGAGGAAGUUGCCAAAAUUUAUAUAUGAUGAGGAGAAAGCUUUGGAGAGAACCCGCAAAAUAUUAACGGAGAAGAUUGCUCAGUUGAAUUCAGCCAUAGACGAUGUUUUUGCUCAGCUUCAUGGAGAUGAUGCCCCUAAUGGAGCUGCAGUGAAUUCAGAUGAAGUUGGAGCUUCAAUGUAACCGAAUAUUUGUUGUAAUUUCCAU